AUGGUAAAACACCAUGUGCAAAUUCGAGGUUGUGAUUGUGUCUAUACGGCGAGUAAGAGAGGUGGUGCAAGAAGACGCAAGAAACAUGCCAGUAGUGAAGGACGUAUAGAGCAAUCACCACCAAAUGAGCUCCUUACUGGUCCAGCUCCAGUAGUUUCAUUGGCAACCCCUGGUGCUGGUCUUCUUCAAAGAGAUGAGCAACUGGACUUUGAUAUGGAUUUUGACUUUGAUCCAAAUUUUCUGGGUAAUUCUGAGCCUCUGACCAUAGACAAUGGUUCCUUACCACAGCCUAUGUUCCAAGAUACCUCUGAACAGGAAGUAGAAAACCCUGUAGUGAGAACUUACGCGAACGAUGAGGACAUUCUGGGUGCAUAUUAUGUUUACAUUCAUCCGUAUUUUCCUGUUCUUCCACCUCCUUUCUUGCAUCAAGCCAUUGAUAAAUUGGAAACCGGAUUGCGAGGACCAAACGACAUCUUAUUUCAUAGCAAGAGCAAUCCACAGUUCCAGACUGCUUCUCCGAUGACUCUUGCCAUCUCCACACUCCUUUCACUAAUCCCACAUCCUGAUGAUCCGAACCCCGCAUCCCCCGAAUCUAUCCUACUACGUCGAAAUCAAGCACAAGUCUUCGCCCAAAUGGCGAUUGAUAGCGUUGAGCUUGAGAAUGAGAUGAUAGAGUCUAUAUUGGACCCUGGAGACGCUCUAAGCUCACAACAUACGCACAUAUAUCGUACGCAAAUCCACCCCCAAGUGAGGUUGGAAGCAGAAAGUACAAUCGCCCUGCUAUUGCUCUGUACUUAUGAGUACUCUGAACGAGGAAAUAUUUCAAAGAUGCGAAAAAGAUGCGGUCAAGCUUUGAUAUCUGCUAUGGACUUAGGUUUGCAUUCAAAAAAUACAGAGGUUUAUGAUUACGCAGAAUCAGACAGACGAAUAUGGUGGAUGACGGCACCCUCCAUUCUUCUUUCCGAUCCAAGAUUCACGACGCCACUUCCUGCUUUUGCGUCUGAUCCGGAUGUUUGGAGCGUUUUUCUCGAAGCACAAAGAGUCAUCGCUACAGCAACGCAAUUUGUGAUUGAUCUUGAAGCAUCCUUAAAAAUGGAAUCUCACAAUCUGACACUUUGGGCGCAAAUGGCAGAAUUAGAAAAGACCAUUGAGCCUUUGGUUCAACAUGCAGAAAAGUGGUCCUGUUCAAACGUAGAUGGGAUGGAUGUCUCCGAAAGAGUCGUCGCGAAAAGCCUGCGAAUGAUGACGCGUAUCAAGCUGAAUAGCAGUCGAUUUUCCUCCAAAGUAUGCAUGCAGUCCGCAUUCAAUAUUGCCCAAUCAUUCCACGCUUUGCCAUUUCCACAACCUUUCGAUCCGAGGAAUUCUUCUUAUCGAGCUGAGACUAAGCAACUGAACAGUCCUCCUCGCAUGAUGCCCAUUUUUGCAUGUUGUGCUAUGCAGAGUAGCUAUGCGAUGAUAAUGCUUUGUCACAAGACUCUUGCAAUCAAGCAAGCCAGCCCGUUUGGAGAUGGACUUAGGAAGCGAACCGACAAAUUGUUGCUUCAACUGCACGAUGGUAUCAAAAUGAUUCUAGAUGCCUUGGAGAAUUAUUCAAUGGCGAAUGAAGCCCUGACGGGAAUGCGAGAUCAAAUACGUAUGGCCGUGGAAUCUGUCGCUGCUACCCAAGAACAAUCCUCAACUUUGCUACCACUGGGCAUUUAA